UCUAUUUAUUAUGAGUUUUAUAUUUGUUUUACAAAUGAGUGAAAAAAGAUAAUUUAUUGCUCUUCAUUGGUCUUCGUAUUUCAGACUUGUUCGAUUGGCACUGUUGAAUUGUAAUGUUCACCCAGGCUGUACAUAUGCCGAUGCUGUCGCGUGUUUAUACAUCAAAAACUUCAUUUCGAGUUUUAAAUAAAUAAAUUAAAGGAAACAAUGGAAGUUGAUUCAAGUACCCAAAACGCGCAUAUUUCAAAUGAUGCUGAGGAGAUUCUUUGUUUGCCAGGACAACGCUUAUGUUUAUCGGAAGAAACAACUGUAGCUGGUCAAGGAACAUAUGAACGUGGCGGUUAUAUAUAUGCUACAUUGGCCGGUAGCGUGCAAGUUAAAGAAAAAGACAAGUGUAAAUAUAUAGAAGUAAAGUGUGCUGGAAGCCAGACUAUUGUACCAGUUGCUGGCGAUGUAAUCACGGCGCGUGUUCUGCAAGUAAAUCAACGCUUCGCCAAAUGUUCUGUCAUAUGCAUCGGAGACCAUAUACUUGAACGUACAUAUCGGGGAAUAGUACGUAAAGAAGAUGUACGUGCGACGGAAAAGGACCGAGUUGAAAUGUAUAAAUCAUUCCGUCCAGGAGAUGUAAUACUAGCUCGUGUGUUACCACAAACAGAGCUGUCAUGUUACCAAUUAAGUACUGCAGAAAACGAAUUGGGUGUAGUGGUUGCGACGUCUAGCGAAAGUGGCGCGAAUGGGCCACCAAUGGUUCCGGUCAGUUGGACAGAAAUGCAAUGCCCAAACACGCUAGUGAAGGAACCACGAAAAGUAGCGAAAAUUGUAGCGGAAAGCUCUUUGAAAACUGAGAAAUUAUUUUAGUUUUUAAGUAAAGACAAUAUUUCAUAACUUUAGUACAAAAUAUAUGCUAAAACAUUAAAAACUGAAAAAAUUAAUUGUGGUAAAUAUUGUUUUUUGUUUUUAUAAAUUUCUAAUAAUAGUCUUCUGCGUGAAUAAACUUUCAUUCAUUGUCAAUGCAAUUUUUACAUA